UAUUGCUUCAGAUUUAAUGUCCUACUAUAUUGAGUUACGGAGCUACAAAUCAAAGAAGCAGGGUGAGAUUUGUUUGUUUAAGUAAUCAGUGAAAUCGGUGUGAUUAUCUUCGUUUGAUCUCAUCCUUGCCAUUAAAUAAUUCUCCUGUAGCCCAAGUUCAGUCUAAUUUUAGAUUUUUCGGUAGGCAGGGAAGGUACUCCUCCUUCCUUUUCUGCUUUYAUGCCUGGCUAUCAAUCUGCAAGAGUGAAUUCACUCUGACAGGCGUUUCCUACCAGCUUGAUACCYUCCCUUUUAUUUCUGUCAAGCCAAGCACAGCUCUAUUAAAAUUUCCAGAGGAAGAAGCUCCCAAGGCAGAGUUUUCUUAAUGCUGGGUCUGUAACCACUCUGUGUCCAUUCAGGCAGGGUGGCAUCAAUCCUUGUGCUGUAUUAACUUCUAAAUGUUGGCUAGGGGCAUAAUCAAUUUCUUUCUGCCUUUAUUCUGGGAAGUAGUGAAGCAAGGUAUUUGGGUGCAUUGUCAAAUUUGUUAAAGGUGCUAGAGUAUCUAAAGAUACUAGAUUGUAUCUAAAGAGACAUGAGCAGGAAUUUGGAUAAAAUAUUCUUGCUUUGCAGGUACACCUACACCAGCAAAAGAUGCUCCCGGCGAAGAUAUUACCAACACAUCAAAGUGUGGGAGCCGUUGACAUAAUUUUGAGGCUGCAAACUGCCCCAUCUCUCUUGCCUGGCUUUAAUUGAUUCCCCACGAUGUUUGCAAAAGCAACAAAGAAUUUCGUGAGAGAAACUGACACUGGAGGUGACUUGAUCCCUGUCUSCAACUUGAACGCCUCAGACAAGCUGCAACUUUUGAGCUUAGUUACSAAGAGGAGGAAAUUCUGGUGCUGGCAGAAGCCCAAGUAUCAUUUCUUGACGGUCACCCUGAGUGAUGUGCUUACUGAAGACAAACCGAUUAAACCAGUGAUUGUGGAGUCUGACUUUGCAAAAUAUAUGGGGAAGUUUGAAGAUUGUGUGCAAGGAAGUAUUGAAGCAUCGUUUGCGAAGUUCAGCCUGGGAGCCGGAGGGAAGGGCUAUGUGGAAAAUGAGUCUUCAUUUGGGAACCUGAGGAAGCAGGAGAUUGACUUGCAGCAGCUUAUGAAAGAUGUCAAGGACAGAACAAUAGAUCUAAACAGUAGUUUACUGCAACAAGUAAUAGAAAGAAAACGUGAAGUGCUGUGCAUCCUGAGAGAAAAGAUAAUCACAACUCAGAAGUGUACGAUAUCUGAACAUAUCCAGACAGAAGAAAAGGUCAGCGGUGUGGUGGGAUGCACUGCAAAAACAGUAAAGGUGUCAGUAAAUGAAAAUGGAAGUCUGAUGAAGGAUUCUAGUGUGAUCCUGGAAAUUCCUCCUGCGACCACUAUUGCCUAUGGUGUAAUUGAACUGUUUAUAAAGCACAAUGGCCAGUUUGAGUUCUGUCUGCUAGAUGAACAGCAAGGAGGUUUUGAAAAAGAAAGCACAGAAGGCUCAACUUACCCCCAUUCAGUUCAAUUCAGCGAUGCUUCACUCCUCUAUCAGCCAGAUGCUGUUGAUAAUGAGAUGUACUCUGGGGCUAAAAACCUCGUUCCCAGUGAUGCUUCUAUAAGUAUAUUGAAACAAGAUCUGUCACGGUUGAAGACCCAGUUCCAGCCCUUUGUGAAGCUUCCGGAAGACAAGCAAAGAGCUUUAUAUAAAACCCUUUGUGAACUCCUGCUCCGUGAAGAAAUGGUAACCGCCCUGGGGGACAUGAUUGAUGAUAUCUGCACAGGAGACAAGCCAGAUCUCGAGGAGUUAAAACUUGAACAACAAAGAGACCUYCUUGACUUCUUGCAGCUCUUAGGGUGCAGCUUACAGAGUGAGCUGUUGCAGAAAUAUCAACCUCAGGAUGAAGAACUCUUCUCAGCUGCUCACCUUCUUAUCAGUGCUAUGUCUGAGCUGUCUGAUGACACUCUUGCCCUGCUGCGUGCSUGCUGUGAUCUUCAGGUUGUUCCAGCACUGUGUUGUUUGCCUAACGCCGCUUCAGCUGAUGGCACUGUGGCGCUGAGCAGUCCUUUGGUGGCCACUCUYGCUGACAGAGGAAGAUUUGAGGUCGUGCAAAGGCUGUUUGCUUCAUCAAACAUUAAUCUGGAAAUGACAGAGUCUUCUGUAAAAGCUGUAACUAUGAAAGAACCGAGAUUCUUCCCACUUGUUCUUUAUGUGGCAUUGUAUGGAUUUCAUGCUUUGGGUGGGAAUGUAUAGGAGCUGAACUGUGUAUCCAGUUUCUGCUCUAGCCUGUUGUUUUUUUCUGUAGCUCUGUAGUGUUGGUGUGUUUGGGAUAAGCAGCAGAGCUGCUCUGUGGGCACUUAGGGCAGCACAGCCAGAGAUUAGGGUGAUCAGGGGAUUCUGCAGUUUCAGUGGAAAAUACAUAAAUAAAGGAUGAAGAGGAGGAAUUAAAAAAGAACCAUGGAAGAGAAAUUGAACAUAGCUGCUGUAGUAGGUGUCAGAUCUGCAGGGCAGUAGGAGCCUGAUUGCUUGCAUUAAUAUGCAUGGGAGAAAACAGCRAAGUACAAACUGCUUUUUGUAAGCAGGCAAACAAGCAAGCCCUGGAAACCCAAAGUUCUGCAAUGCAGCAACUGCUUASCUCCUUCAAGACUGGAUGGAGCAAGUGCAGUGGAGGGCUCUUAAAAAGGUACUUGAUUAGAUUCUCUUAUUAAUUAUUGUUUGGCUUUAGGAUGUGAACUGCACACUGCAGGAAAUCAGAAAGCCUCUUUUUCAAAAACUAAGAUCACUUUAGGGAUUUAUACCUCUGUACAGCACUUYUGUUUUCUGGUAUGUUUUUACUCCCUUAGCAAGUUUCAGCUCUUUAAACUGCAUUCUGCACUUUGAGGUAUGGCAAUGCCUUUUGGUGUGUGCACAUGAAGGGUCCUUGCUCCACACCACAAAAAUGAUCAUUUUACCCAUAUGACAUUUUAAGUGCAGAUAUUUUGCUUGUUUGAAUAUCAGCAAAGCAUUAGUAAAGCACUGUGUGCUUGAACUAUUUAGCCUGUUUCUUUGUUAUAAUUUUUUGUAAUCAUGGAUGAAGCAGAAAUGCAGCAGAGAUCACUGUAAAUGUGGGCUUGGGAAGGUGAUGUUCCAAGUAGGGGGAGUAUCAGUGCUUGCAGAUGAGAUUGUGAGAUGGCUGAGAGACAAACAAGCAGGCACCGGUGGGGGGAUGAUCAGUACACCUGCAGUGUAGCUGAUGGGCAGGAAUUCUGCUCAGUUCCCUUCUCUAUUCCCACAUGGCCUUGAGCAGAUUGUCUAAGAAGCCUUUAAAAUGCCACAUCAGUUCAGGUUUCCCUGAGGACACGGACUUGGCAGAAAAGCACCGCGGUGCCUUUCCAUUCCCCGAGAGCUCAGGAUAGCUCUGCACGUGGGGCUGUGGGCGUUUCUGCAUCUCAUCUGUUAAAUGAAGCUGAUGGUGUUGCCUGAGCCUUGUGCUGGUGUAGAGGGAAAGAUCCUUUAGGAGGAUGGAAGCAUGUAACUGCUGCUGGGAGUGAUGUGUGUUUGUCAGCAGGAAAGUCUUCUUUUGCCCAUUGCUAAUCAAAACUUGCCUCUGUAAUGAGUUUACCAAAACUUUCUAUUAAAUGCUAUGUCAAAACAAUAGAAUAAUUUAU